UGGUUAGAUAUUUUCAAGUCAAUAUUAUACUGUUGCGCGUCAUCUUCAACUCGGGCACAAACUGUUAAAAUUUUGACAGAAAUCUCCAUGGACGACGGCAAAAUCGUUAGGGUUUUAUGCCGUCAACUCAUCCUCCCCAAGAACAACGACGCAUCCCUUCAAUGGCUAAUCGGCUCACCUUUUUUUCCUCAGUUUACUAUCGUCUCUACUUUGCGAUGUCUUCAUCACUCACAAUCUGAUCCUCUUUCUCCUGAUUUCAUUAAAGAGGCGGACGAUCUCAGAUCACUUAUAAUAAAAGGUUUUCACGUUAUUGGAGCUCUCAUUAACAGUGAAAAAGGCGAUUCAGUUCAAAAUGCGAAACACGCGAUCAAUGCUGCUUGUAAAUUAAGGGAAUUGCUGUAUAACGGAGAUGAUUUGAGGAAUUUUGAUGUAAUUGGCGGAGUUUCGAUUUCAAUUAGCGGUGAAUUAAAGUUUUCUUGUGCGAAAUCGGGGGAUUUGAAGAAUGUGGAGGAUGUAGAACGUGUUGUGUAUGAGGAGAGUCCGGAGAAUUAUGUUUGGGGAAGAGGUUGUUUGCUGAAAUGUGAACUGCCUAUUAGAUUUCCUGUUUAUACCCCUGCAAAUAAAGAUUCAGAUGCUGAGCGAAGAUAUCUACAAGCAGCUGAUGCACUUGCUACUGUGUUUAGAGAUCCUCAGCUCACAUUCAUUUUGGAAGUCUUGAAAGGAUCCUCCUCUGAUCUGCCUCAUCCUGUCAUUGUCCGUGGUUCUGAGCUGGACUUUCAAAUUGAUGUUUCAAAUAUUAACCUUUUGACAGAUAGUUCUACAAGGUCUGAUGCAAAGUCAUUGUGUUGUUCAUACUUCUUCUCAGAGAGCAAACCAGCCAUUGAUGCUGAGAGUGCAGAUGCGAUUCAGGUGAAUGUCCUUUUGAAUAAAUCGGGAAGGUCUCUUCAAUCUUUUGCACCAAUGGCUGAGUAUUGUCCUGCUCCAGAGGAGGCCAUAUUGAGGGUCAUGGAUUAUAAACUGGAAGUUAUUUGUUAUGCUGUCAAAGAUCUCUCUCUUGUACUUGCAGUUUCAAAACUUGUCAUUCCUGCUCUUGUUGACCAAUUAACAACAAUGAAGAACAUUGUCGCGCCUUCCUUUUUAGGUCAACAUCCUCGGCUACUUCCAUACCAUUUUUCUCCUCCGGGAAUUUUACACCCUGUAACAGUUACUUAUGAAUUGAGUUAUGGUGAAACGGAACUUAAACAAGUCGAAGCUAGGAGGUCCCUUCAUUUUCGAUUGGGUUUGCCUUCUGAUCGCCCUCUUCUACGAGUUGCCAAUUCCCUAAAAUUUGCAAAAUCAUCUGAUGGAGUUCCAGCCAGGAAGGGCUAUGCAUUGCUGAAGGAUGUACACACAGACAUUCUUAGCAGUGGGGUUUCUGGAGGCCUCGUAUCUCUGGUUCAAGGUUCUUAUGAAUAUCACCACUACCUUCAAAAUGGUUUUGAUGACUCGGGAUGGGGAUGUGCUUAUCGCUCAUUACAGACCAUAAUUUCCUGGUUCAGACUCCAGCACUAUACUUCAAUUGAUGUUCCCACUCAUAGGGAGAUACAGGAAGCACUAGUUGAGAUUGGUGAUAAGGAUCCUUGUUUCAUUGGAUCACGGGAGUGGAUUGGUGCCAUUGAGUUAAGUUAUGUGCUGGACAAACUUUUGGGUGUUACCUGUAAGGUCAUGAAUGUAAGAUCUGGAGCUGAGCUUCCUGAGAAAUGUCGAGAGUUGGCCAUGCAUUUUGAGAACCAAGGAACACCCAUUAUGAUUGGUGGCGGUGUCCUUGCAUAUACCCUUCUUGGGGUUGAUUACAAUGACGCUAGUGGUGAUUGCGCAUUCCUGAUCCUGGAUCCUCAUUACACAGGCAGUGAAGAUCUUAAAAAGAUCAUUAAUGGCGGUUGGUGUGGUUGGAAAAAGGCCAUUGAUAGCAAGGGAAAAAGUUUUUUCUUAGCUGAUAAAUUUUACAAUUUAUUGCUGCCACAACGACCGAACAUGGUUUAGCUGUCUGGGCAUCUGACUGAAAACACACUGGUUUUGAGCCGAGAAGAAACGAAGAGGAUGACUAUCAAUACUCAAUGCUGCCAGCUUAGCUUUCCUUGCUGAUCAUUGGUAGAACCGCCCCAUUUUUUUUUUUUUGGGGGGGGGGGGGGGGGGAAUUUUCGGGAUCAGCUGAACCUUUUUAGGCGUUAGAAACUUUCAGUUGAUGAAUGCGUAUCGAGCAAUCUUAUUGUAGUACAAAAUACUAAGUUAAGUAGUGAUCCAAGUGUGACAUGACAUUGCUAAGCUCUCAGACUCUCCGCUCUCAUGUAAUUCUUGUACUCUGAACUGCGAAGCUGUGAGAGAAAACAGGAUAGCAUAUGCCUAAUUUUUUGGAAAAAUUACCGUGAAUAAUUCAAACUUUUGUUAAUUUCCCUACAAUAAUAUAAACUUUUGUUGAUUUUCCUACAAUAAUA